AUGUAUGGAAAAGGCGCCAAAAAGUGUCUACAAGUGAUGGCACAUAAGGGCACCUAUCACUACUCGACUGAUCCAUUGAUAGCAUCAGUUGUGGCCACACGAAAGCGGGACGACAUGUCUGGAGAGGGUGGCGAUGGCGGGGAUGAGGAGAUGAGACGGAAGAAGCUGAAGGAGGCCGAGGAGAAGGCGGGCAUUACUCUGGACUUCUUCGCCGAGUAUAUGAAGAUCGAUGGCAACCCUCAGGCCCUGAUGGACACGAAGCCCAACCUCUACGGUAAGCCCAACUGGAACUGGUAUACUGAAGCCGUCAAGAAGGAGGAGAAGGUGGACGACACCAACGAUAGUAAGUAUUCGGGGAAACAGUACGUGAAGGACGUCAAGGAGAAGGAGAAGCAACGAGUGAUGCAACUGCAGAGGGAGGAGGCGUCGACCCCCGAGGCGUCGGGUUCGGGCCGAAACAGUCCGACGCCGAGCGCCUCCACCAAUAGACUGCAUAAGAGGGCGUCCAACAUAUCGUUGUCGACACACUUGGGAAGUGUUGGCACAUUCGUGCCGCAAACCAUUGUGGAGGACGUGGACAUGACUCAAGUGAAGGACCAGUACUUCGCCCAAAACCGGCCCAAACGAGCGCCGCUUCCCAUCAGUGGCUUCGAGAGGGACAUCAUCGACGCGAUUGAAGUGAACCGAGUGGUGAUCAUCGAAGGGGCCACCGGUUGCGGGAAGACUACACAAGUGCCGCAAUAUAUCGCCGAUGAAUGCGCCCAAAAGGGCAUUCCCUUCAAUAUAGUGGUCACUCAACCGCGACGUAUAGCCGCCAAAUCCAUCAGCGCUCGGGUGGCCGAUGAGAGGGGCUGGCAGUUGGGCACUAUGGUUGGCUACCAGAUAGGAAUGGAUAAGAGUUGUGUGAAUGAAGACACGCGUAUCCUCUACUGCACCACUGGUGUGCUUCUGCAGCGUCUGAUUGGCAACAAAAAGUUGGACAACUAUUCCCAUAUAGUGAUCGAUGAGGUGCACGAGAGGUCCAUCGACACGGACCUCCUGUUGCUGGUCAUCAAGAAGUUGAUGGCGUCGAAGAGCGUGUCCGUCAAAAUCAUACUCAUGUCCGCCACGUUUGAUGUCUCGCAACUCCAGGAGUACUUCACGCUUCCGAUAUAUGACGGCGAAGAUAUGGUACAGCAGGUGAUCCCGAAGCACAUCCAGAUCACGGAACGGCCCAAGAAGUUGCACGUCUACUACAUGAACCAAAUCAAAAAGGAUCUCAAUUUCCCGUACCGCCCGGGGCCCAGAGAUGUCCGCUACAGAACUGAUCCGGACAUCGAUAGGAAUACGCCGCACGUAUCGGACGACGCCAUGGCUAUAGCCGUGCAUAUGAUGGAGGAGGGCAUCAAAGACAUCGAAGGUCCGGACGCCAUCACCAGAGGCGCUGUCCUGAUAUUCCUCCCCGGUUUGGAAGAGAUCAUUGAACUGAAGGCCCGUUUGGAGCGCAGCAAAGAGUGCAAAGCACAGCACUGGAAGAUAUAUCCCUUACACUCAUCCAUACCUCUGGACAAACAGAACGCCAUAUUCACGAAGAGCGCCCGCACUGAGCGUAAAGUGAUUUUAGCCACGAAUAUAGCCGAGAGCUCCAUAACGGUGCCGGACGUGUCGUUUGUCAUUGACUUCUGCCUCACCAAGUCGUUGGUAUGCGACAUCGAGACACACAUACCGGUGCUGCGUCUGGAAUGGGCCUCCAAAGCCAACUGCGAUCAGAGGGCCGGUCGCGCGGGUCGUGUGACCGAAGGCCGGGUGUAUCGUCUGGUGGAGGAGUCGUUCUACAAGAACCAGAUGAUGCCGUACACGGAGCCAGAGCUGACCCGUUCCCCACUUGAUCUGUCUAUACUUCGCGUGAAAAUGCUGGACAUGGGUCCCCCCAAAGAGCUGUUGGGUUUGGCGCUGAAUCCGCCCGAUUUGGCCGAUAUCUACCAUUCCGUGCUUCAGCUCAAACAAGUCGGCGCCUUCGCUGUGAAGGUCACUAAAGGCCAGCAAGUCUUCUAUGACGAAGAGGACGGGGAUAUCACGACAUUGGGACGCAUUAUGUCUAACCUCCCGAUCGACAUACGUUUGGGUAAACUUGUGAUUAUGGGUCACGUGUUUGACUGCCUCGAGGACUGUAUUAUUAUCGCCGCGUGUCUGUCCACUCAGGGGAUGUUCCGCAAAGACUUUGAUCAGGGAUUGAAUGCCUAUAAGUCUCGGCUCGCGUGGGCCGACCGUUCGUUCAGCGACGGCAUCGCAUACCUGAACGCCUAUAAGAUGUAUAAGAAGUUUGAUCCCGAGUUCCAGGAGAACCGGCAAAUGGCGGCCGAGUGGUGUCGACAGAACUUUCUACAACACAAACGCAUCCUUGAAGUCGAUUACAUGUACGGCGAACUCAUGAGUCGUUUGGCGCGCGAACUCAUUGUUAUCCCUAACCGCCCGAACCUUCGCCGCAAUCGACACGAAGAGGAACUCAUACUUAAAGUUGUGAUGUGCGCCGCCUUUUAUCCCAAUUACUUCACUCGCAAUGAUAUCGAUCUGAAGAACAUUCAGCGAGAGAUCAGCACCAAAGACCCGCGCACUACGGUAGCCAUCGGCGGUUUGCCCCCCAAUGAGGGCCCCCUCUAUGGCGCCGCCAUUAAGGAGGUGUUUGCCGUCUGUGCCAAACGUAUUGACAUCGACUUCGAAGACACCAAAGCGUACCUCACGUUCGUCGAUGAAAGACAUCCCUUAAGUGACGCGUUUGAUAACCACAUCCCAUCUCAUCUGAAACGCGAGGCGUUUGGCGGAUCCGUGUCCUCAAUGUCCUGCAAGUCUGAGUCGAGGGCUGAGUCGAGGGCUGAGACCCCCCUCUCGAUCACAACAGACACGUCGAUGAGUGUAAGCAGUAAUACCACUGCAAUGAGUCUCAAGAAACGGGAGGCCAAGGAGACGACUGUCAAGACUGCGGUCUAUGUGGCGCUCGCUAUGAAAGGCCACCGAAUCGACAAAGAGAUCCCAAAACUGAACGCAAAUACCACUAAGACUGAGAUCCAGAGACUGGAAAAAUUUCAAAACGAAGUCCAGAGCGAAGUGAGCGUAGCGUUCCGUUCGCACCGCGUGUCAGUACCCCAUCAUAUGCCGCGCCUAAAGCUGGAGAAGCUGCCGAUGCCGGCGCUCGACUGCUCGCAGAUUCCCAUCCGUAUCACUCACGUGGAGAACCCGUCACUGUUUUACGCGCAAUACGCCAACAAGUUUACGGACAGCCAUCUGAACCAAUUGUCCGGUAUAUUGAGCUACGACUUGAACUUCCGGAGCUGCGAGUCAGAGACCACGCGAAUCGGCGAUAUAGUGAUUGCCCCCUAUUUCGACUCCAUGGGCGCCAAAAUGCACGGCAGGGGUCGCGUUGAUAGCAUCGAAUACAGGGCCGGAACCAAAGAGAUUGAUUCGAUGCGAGUGUUUUAUUUGGAUUAUGGUUUCUGUCGAGUGUUUGAUAACAUCCGCGAAGUGUCUGCAGUGACCACGAGAACCAAUACAGAGUUGACGUCAAUACCGCCGCUGGCCUUACAGUGCGCUCUCUCGCAAGUCAACCCGUCGGCCAUCAGCUGUUUCGACAGUAGUUGGUCUAAAAGGGCUAUCGAUUACUUCAAGAAGUAUGUCAGCAAACGCCACACAUUCACCGGU